AUGUCUGCUCCUCGUCGUAUCCGGCCCUGGCGGGCAAUUGAGACCUUUCAAAAUGCGACACAGCUUUUGCGCUCCUCAAGAGCCCCCAAUCCCAGAAUCAAUCAGCUCUCCAGCCCCAUGGCCAAUAGAGCAAUCAGCUACACCACCAACAACCAGAUCAACCAAGCCACCACCAAACCCUCACCAUCACCCUCGUCCUCAGCCACAAAGUCCACCCCCUCAGCUUCAACCCCUAUCCCAACAGGCGUCCCCACAUCCCGCGUCCCAGGGCCAACUCCCAGCCGCGCAACAACCGAAAACAUUUCUAAAACAGGCCUGUCAGACAAACCCUUAGAGCUUGAGAGCCCAGCCGAAGAAAGAAUUGACUGGACACGCUCCUUUCACGGUUUGUCUGCCACACCGUUCCCCAAAGAAGCGGCUGAUAUCCUGCUGGCGGAGACGGAUCCGGACGAGGUCGAGAUCAAGCCCGAUGGCAUCCUCUACCUACCGGAGAUCAAAUACCGACGGAUUCUCAACCGCGCUUUUGGGCCCGGCGGGUGGGGUCUCGUGCCGCGGAGUGAGAGUAUCGUUACGCCGAAGACGGUGACGAGAGAGUAUGCUCUUGUUUGUAAUGGACGCCUCGUUUCCGUCGCCCGCGGUGAACAGGACUACUUCUCCCCGGACGGCAUCCCCACCGCCACCGAAGGCUGUCGAUCGAAUGCGCUUGUGCGCUGCUGCAAGGAUCUAGGCAUUGCGAGCGAGCUCUGGGACCCGCGCUGGAUCCGCAAGUACAAGGCCAAAUACACUCGCGAGGUUUUUGUUGAGCAUGUGGUUAAUAAGAGGAAGACUAAGAUCUGGACGCGGAAGGAUGACCCCGUUGGAUAUCCUUGGAAGGAGACUGGAGGUAAAUAG